GAAGGAAGCCAGGCGACGCCCCUGCCCGCCGCCCCCCAACGUCCGCUGGGGCUGGGAGCUGAUCUGCGCGAGGACCGGGUCGCGAGUAGGGAGGGAUUGGGGCCCGGGCUGCCGUGAGGAAGGGGCGCGAGGACAGGGGGUGCGGCUGGGGUGGCCGAGGAGCUUUGGGAUCGAGUUGCCCUCCCCGGCCUGCACCGGGAGUGGGGAGGGCCAGAGUUCCUAGCAGAUGUCGGGGUGCGGGGCCUGGUGUGGCGGCGGGGAAGAGAACCGAGGAACCAGCCGCGACGCCGCCUGAGCUCCUUCCUCAGGGGUUCUGGAGAAAGCGUGCAACCCCGCUGUGUUUCGAAUUGACCCCAGGGUGCAGGUGGCGAAUACUUACUUGGUGGGAAAUAGAAGAGUGUGUGAGCAGAAAGUAUGCCUCCCAAGUUCAAGCGCCACCUAAAUGAUGAUGAUGUCACUGGGUCUGUGAAAAGUGAAAGGAGAAAUCUCUUGGAAGAUGAUUCGGAUGAAGAAGAGGACUUUUUUCUACGGGGACCAUCUGGACCAAGAUUUGGACCUAGAAAUGAUAAGAUUAAGCAUGUUCAGAAUCAGGUGGAUGAAGUUAUUGAUGUAAUGCAAGAAAACAUCACAAAAGUCAUUGAAAGAGGAGAAAGACUAGAUGAGCUGCAGGACAAAUCAGAAAGCUUAUCGGAUAAUGCAACUGCUUUCAGCAACAGAUCCAAACAACUCCGAAGGCAAAUGUGGUGGCGUGGAUGCAAAAUAAAAGCCAUCAUGGCUUUGGCUGCAGCUAUCCUUUUGCUAAUGAUUAUCAUUCUUAUAGUUGUGAAAAACCGUACUUGAUUUGAUGACAGAGAUCCUCAUUAAACAAGAUCUGGGACAGUAAUAAUUAAAGAUUGCUGCAUAAUUUAAAUGAAACCUAUGUAUAUAACUUUCAAAUUUUCUUUUUCAAGAAACUAAAAGGCAAGUACCACUUCAAAUUGGAGCAUUGAGAAUAUCCAAUAAUCUUCUUCUCACUAGCAAAAUGUGUUUUGAAUAAUUAUAUUUAAGGCAAAGAUAACUCUAUUUUGCUUUAUUCCAAGGAUCUAAUUUGAAACUAGAUACUUGCCAGUUUGUUAUAUGUAUAUAUAGUUAAACACUAAUGACAAUAUCCCAUACUUGUGUCUUAGUGGCAUUAAAAACAUUUAUUAUCAUAUUAAAAUGAGGGUCAAGCUGGUGGUCAGGAAGCCUGUGUAGAGUCCUGACUCUGAUGCUGAAAGAGAUUCAUAACCAUCCCAUCAGUAUGUGCAAGAAUGUCAUUCUUUUCAUAUUACAGUUGCUUUGCAGGCCAUUUCCACAUUUAUGGAUUGACAAAAGCUAUGUGUUGUAAAUGUUUCUGCCUUCAGCUCUACCUGAACACAUUCCAGUAAACCUAUCUGACUGUAUAAGGGAAUGAAUGCGUGGUAACUUUUUGGUAUUUGCAUUUUGAAAAUGGGAAAUUUAAACAGUGUGAAAGCACAAUAUGGUACCAUAAAAUUGGAUAUAAUAAAAGUAUUGGAGAAUGUCACUGGAGUGUUUGAAAAUGAGCAAUAUGCCCAGUCUUGGUCCAGUCGGUUGUCAAUUAAACUGCAAUAAAAAGGGACCAAUUCAGAUGUAAGUGCAAUCUGCAGGUAAUUUGUUCCUUGAUUUAAUUUGUUAAUAGUUUUCCCUCUUUAAUUAAACUAACCUUGUGCCAGAAGAGCUGAAGUCUUCUGCUUUGAAUGUCAUGUUUCUCUGACACUCUCGGUGUGUCCUCUGACACUUUUUGGGACAUAGAUGUUGCACAGUCCAAACAGCCAGUAGCAGUGAGUAGCAGACUGUCAGGAGCAUAGGUCAUCUGUACGUAAUCAGUCAAUAGCAGAUGCUUAGGGGUAUAACAAGAUGUGUUCAUUGUAAAGAUUGCCAGCCCCUGAAUAUUGUUUAAACAAGUCAACGUGAAAAUGCAUCCUGAUGGGUAAGAGGAAAAGGCAAUCAAAUUGGAGCCUUCAGGAACAACUUUACAUCUUAAUCUAGAAAUACAGUUCACAGGAAUUGUCAGUAUUUAAGGGGAGAUGGUCGUCCUGUAUAACAUGUGUUACUUCUGUGAACCCUUGUAAUUCAAAUGUAUAAAACAAUUUGGAUUGUUCUUUGUUUAAUUCUGCAGUGGAUAAUACUAACAGACAAGAAUGUUUAGAAUGGAAACUUAAGUGAUGCCUAGACCCUUGCAGCGUCUAGCUUUCACUGCUGACUUUACAGUUUCUUACAUAUUAUGGAAAGUUGACUCUGGUCCCUUCACUCUGUUUGUCAGUUCAUGUGAUCAGCAUCUAAACUGAUGAUAACUCCUCUUGAAAACGAUGGGCCAAGGAGUGUUCUCAAUCCCAGCAGCUGGUAGUUCAGGGAUGGAGAUGUUGUACUUGAAUCAGCAGAGCUGGUCCCAGUGUGUGCUUGUCUUAUGUUUGAAUUGUAACUAGACUCAUAAGUCAUUAGCUUGCCAUUGAUCAGUGUAGAUGUCUAGUGUCAUUCAGUGUCUAUUAGUGAAGAUGGGGUUUUUUUCUAAGAAGACUCCAUAUUUCCAGUGCUUAUUUGAAUAAAGCAUGUCACUUUUAAGGAAACAGUUAUUAAAAAAUAGAAUUAUAAAAUUAUUUUCUAGACAUUAAGUAUAAAAAGUUUAGAUUACAUAACUGUUUAUAUAUGUAGUUGUUUGUAUUUAAAUUUAUUGCUACUGAGGAAACCAUGUUGGCAUGUGAGUGAGAGUUUUUUAUAGCAGUGGUUAUUUCACUCAGUUUAUUUAUUGUUUUAUCUUUUUUGAACUUACAUAAUCCUGAGACCUUAAAAUGACUGGCAUGUUUAUAACAUUAUGUGAAAUACUGGAAAUAUUCCCACAAUAAGAAGCUGAGAUGAGCCAGGUGUGAUGGCUCACACCCAUAAUCUCUGUUCUCUGAACACUGAAGUAGGAGGGUUGCCAUGAUUUCGAAGCCAUCCUGGGCUUCAUGGUAUGUUCUGGACCAGCCUGGGCUGUAGAGUAAGAACCUGUCUCAAAAAAUUUAAAAGCAAAAAACCAGAAGAGAAGUGGUUGUUCAGGUUGAUGCCAGGCCUGCCUUCACCCCUCCUUAACCAUUCUUUUUCUCAUUCAGCUCAGAUCAUCCUGCACUUGAAAAAAUGAAGUUUUACCACCAUCAAAGCUAUCAUAAUCUAACAACAGCGAAGAUCAACAGAAACAUUCAAGUAGCUUUGCUAAUGUUAGUUGGUGCCCAGUGAAAUCAGGUCACUACUUCUAUGCCUGAAGCGUGCCCUUGUGAUUUGUCUAACAGAAGCCUCUUCCCUUGUAGCAGUUUGUGAUGAACGGGGUUUUUUCUCAUCAUCAUAACUCAGUGAUGCCUGUGGUCCUUGAUUCCUUUGUCCUAACAAGAACCAUUGGGAAUUGUCUCAAAAUUUUAUAAACUGAGAAAUUUACUGAUUAGAAGAAGGUCCAGUAUUGAUGGUGGAGCAUGGUUUAAAAUGGAGAAAGAGUAAUGCACAUCAGGUGCAGAGGUUCCUGUGACUGUCAUUACAGUUCAUUCCUGGGCUCUGUGUUAGGAAGAAACGUUGGCAUUGAUAGUAGAAUUGACACCUGUUUUGUGUAGCAUGUGAGUACCCUGUAAAUACACCCAGGCUGAGGAUCGGACGUGGGAAGAGCUUGACAUCGCUUCUAGCUGCUUCCACAUGUUCUGUGUCCUGUUAGCACUGUAGCCCAAACAGCCUUGUAGUCACAUCUGUAUAUACUGUAUGGCUAGAGAAUAUGCAAGAAAUCUUCUCAGUGUUGAACACAAAUGUCAUUAGUUGUAUUGAGUGUUACCAAGUUAAGGACUGUGCUACCAAUCAAAUUUUGUGUUUUCAAAACAAAAAA